AUGAACAGACAUAGACAUCAGCAAAGGGCCCAACGAUUACCCCGCCAAGCUUUGCACCGACGCAGAAAUGGCAAUGAGUUAACAGUAGCCAGGUUACAAGAAUUGCUCACUGAGGAUCCAAACACAAUUACUUUCAGUCUGAGUUCAAGCCAGCCUUCCCUCAAGAGACUUCUCAACCAACCUUUUGACUAUGGCUUUGCAGAAUUGUUUGUAAAAGUUCUUAAAAAAAGUAUGAAAAGUGUUUCCUUAACAGAAAAGAAUAAUGAAAUUCUUUCAUUACUUCUGCAUACAAAGUUCCCUUUGUAUAUUUCUCAGCUAAUUGCAGAAAUCAAUCUUUCCAAUGAAGGACUUGUUGAAUUCUUAUCGAAUAUCAUGUAUAUCCUGAAGACAAUUCUCAGUCAUAACCCAAAAAAAGAAAAAAUUGCUAUUGUCAAGGCAAUAGGACUUCCAACUGGUCAUUGGUUCAAAUGUCCAAAAGGUCAUUUCUAUGUGAUAGGUGAAUGUGGCGGGGCAAUGCAACGUGCUAAUUGUCCAGAAUGUGGUUUGACUAUUGGAGGAGAAAACCAUGCACUGGAAUCCGGUAAUACCCUUGCAUCAGAAAUGGAUGGAGCUCGAUAUGCUGCCUGGUCUGAUCAAGCCAAUAUGGAAAAUUAUGUUUUUGAUAACAUUUAA